AACAAGUUUCCCUGGACCAUCAUGGGGGUGGGAGUGAGUAGUUAGUUGACACAUCAAUACAAAGCUGCAGCUCAGUGUGCGAGUGUGUCAGGUAGACUCGGGAUCUUUUGGCAAAUGUAGGGAACGAGAGAAGUGUUCCCGUGUUUCCCUCAAGUCUAUAACGGAGUGCCAGACACACCAGUAAAGAUGAACAGUAUGUCUUUUGACGACCCGUCGUUGGAUAACCUGGACCCAACGCUGUCGCUAAAUGACCCCAGCGAUAUUGACACGGCCCUCUUAAGCGACAUUGAUGACAUGCUACAGCUCAUCGGCAACCAGGACAUGGAGUUUGGAGGACUGUUUGAUAACCCUCCAUACACAGCGCCUCCUCCGGCCCAAGAGCAUCCUAGUUUGUCCCAGUCCAUCACCACACCUCCCGCUCCAACCGUCACUACCACACCUCCACCUGCAUCGUCCUCUUCCAUCCUAAGCAGUAGCCCACACCUGGACGCACUUCUGGGCCCUCCCAUCACCCGAAGUUCCUCCACCCCAGACAAGACCUUCCAGCCUCCCACCUUCCAGCAGUCCCCCCUGGCCCAGGUUCCCAACACCACACAGAGGCCGCAGCCAGCCUCCCCUCAGCAGGCUCAGAGCCUCAUACAGCCGCAGGUGGAGCAGCCCCAACCUAUUCUCAGCCCGCCUGCCCCGGCCCUUGCUGCUUCACCUCAUGGCUCACCAGCACCAAACCCGGCUUUCAGCUCGUCGCCCCAGGCCCUCUUCACCUCACCUGCACCCCAGACUCUGCCUCAACCCCAGACUCUGCCUCAACCCCAGACUCCGCCUCAACCUCAGCCGCAGGCCCAACUUCAGGCCCAGGGUCAGUCUCUACCGGUCCGGACCAGCUACAGCAUCCAGAACAGCUACACAACUGGCAGUCCCAUCAGUGUGAGCCAAGCUGCUACCAUCUUGUCAUCCUCACCUCCAAGUGUGACCAUCCAGGCUCAGCUCCAAGGGCUGACCACCACGUCUGCUCUGCUGACCACGUCAACGAGUCCCCCGGUCCAAAGCAUCGCACCCCACAUGCAGCAGGUGUUGCUGCAACCCCAGUUCAUCAAGGCUGAGUCUCUGUUGCUGACCACUCUGAAGCAUGACCCCUGCAUUGUCACUACCAUGACCUCGGCCACCACCACCCCAGUACAGACCACUUCACUGCAGGCCUUUAUGGGCAAUGGCACCAUCCUGACCACGAUGCCUCUCAUGGUGGACGCUGAUAAGCUGCCCAUCAACCGCAUCGCCAUCAGCGCUAAGCCGCUCGGCCAGCCACACAAGGGAGAGAAGCGCACAGCCCACAACGCCAUCGAGAAGCGCUACCGCUCCUCGAUCAACGACAAGAUCCUCGAGCUCAAAGAUCUGGUGGCUGGCACUGAGGCCAAGCUCAACAAGUCUGCGGUGCUGAGGAAAGCCAUCGACUACAUCCGUUACCUGCAGCAGACCAAUCAGAAACUCAAACAGGAGAACAUGGCUUUUAAGAUGGUAGCCCAGAAAAACAAGUCCCUCAAGGACCUGGUUGCCAUGGAGGUAGACGUACCGGCUGAUGUGAAGAACGAGCUGCCGACUCCGCCGGCUUCUGACGUGGGCUCCCCCACCUCCUUCUCCCACUGUGGCAGUGACUCAGAGCCUGACAGUCCAAUGGGGGAGGACACUAAGCUGCCGAGUGUGGGCAUGUUGGACAGUGCGGCAGCGGGAGGCAGUGCUGGCGGCAUGUUGGACCGUUCCCGCAUGGCUUUGUGCACCUUCACCUUCCUCUUCCUCUCCCUCAACCCUCUUGCUGCCCUGCUCUGCUCAUCCGGCAGCAGCUCAGCUGGAAGCGCAGAAGCCAGUGCCCCCCAUCACGCAGGGCGGAGCGUCCUGGGUGUGGAUAUUGCAGCGGACUCGUGGGGCUGGAUGGACUGGAUGCUGCCGACUAUACUGGUGUGGCUGAUGAACGGUAUUCUGGUGUCGGGGGUUCUGAUCCGACUGUUGGUGUACGGAGAGCCUGUAACCAGACCCCACUCUGGAUCUUCUGUCUUGUUCUGGAGGCACCGCAAGCAGGCUGAUCUGGACCUAGCUAGAGGAGAUUUUGCCCAGGCCAGUCAGAACCUGUGGACCUGUCUAAAGGCUCUCGGUCGUCCCUUACCCAUCUCACAGUUGGACCUGGGCUGUGCUGCACUCUGGUCCCUGCUAAGAUUCUGCCUCCAGCGCCUCUGGGUGGGCCGCUGGCUGGCUGCCAGAGCCGGAGGGCUGCGAUCUGAUCGCCCCCUGAAGGAGGACGCCUGCAAGAGCAGCCGCGACGCCGCCCUGGUUUACCACCGCCUGCACCAGCUACACAUGACGGGUAAGCUGAAUGGCAGCCACCUGUCAGCAGUGCACAUGGCUCUAAGUGCGGUGAACCUGGCAGAGUGUGCCGGCUCCUGUCUGCCUGUAGCCAGUCUGGCUGAGGUCUACGUCUCUGCAGCUCUCCGGGUCAAAGCCAGCAUGCCAAGGAUCCUUCACUUUACCUCUCGUGUGUUCCUGAGCAGUGCCCGGCAGGCCUGUCUGUCAUCCAGUGGCAGCGUGCCUCCAGCCAUGCAGUGGCUGUGUCACCCACUAGGUCACCGCUUCUUUGUUGACGGGGAUUGGGCUAUCCGCAGCACUCCUAAAGAAAGCAUCUACAGCCAGGCUGGCAACACUGUGGAUCCUCUGGCCCAGGUGACUCAGGCGUUCAGGGAGCACCUCCUGGAGAAAGCUCUGUACUGUGUGGCCCAGCCUCACAAAGAGAAAAGCUCCAGCCAGGGAGAGGGGGAGUAUGCUGAUGCUCUGGAGUAUCUCCAGCUGUUGAUCAGUGCAUCAGAUGCAGCCGGCGCCACCUCCCAGUCCUUCGCUAUUGGCUCCAACAUGGCCACCGUGACCGGCUGUGACCCCCACUCCAAGUGGUGGUCCUCGGUUACCGUGGUGAUCAUCAACUGGCUCCAAGGAGAUGACGCUGCGGCCGAGAGACUGUAUCCGACAGUUGAGCACCUGCCGCGCAGCCUGCAGAACGCGGAGAGUCUUCUGCCCAAGACGUGUCUGCACACAUUCAGGGCUGUGAGGGCUCUGCUGUCCAAGCCAGAAAACUGCCAGCUGAGUCUGAGCUACAGCGACAAGGCCAGCGCCCUGCUUCGAGACAGCCUCAACCUAGGACCACACUGCCACAGCUCCAGUUUAGACAAGGUAGUCCAGUUGCUCUUGUGUGACCUCCUGUUGGUGAUGAGGACCAACGUGUGGCGCCUGCAGCAGCAGGGGGCCGGUCCUGCGGGGACGGGGUCGGUGGCUCCCAGCGGCCCGGCGGGGGUCCACCAGGCGUCCCCACCGGAGCUCCAAGGCUUUCAGCAAGACCUCAGUUCCCUACGCAAGCUGGCACAUAGCUUCAGACCUGCGAUGCGAAGAUUGUUCCUUCAUGAAGCGACAGCCAGGCUGAUGGCGGGAGCCAGCCCCACCCGCACGCAUCAGCUCCUGGAUCGCUCGCUGCGACGCAGGGCAACGCCCGGAGCCAAGACAGAGGAGUGCGAGACGCGGCCCGGCCAGCGGGAGCAGGCAGAGGCUGUGAUGUUGGCGUGCCGCUACCUCCCGCCCUCCUUUCUGUCGGCUCCGGGCCAAAGGGUGGGCAUGCUGGCCGACGCAGCCCGCACCCUGGAGAAGCUGGGAGACAAGAGGACCCUCCACGACUGCCAGCAAAUGAUCAUCAAGCUGGGCAGCGGCACCACCGUCACCAACAGCUAGAAUGAAGGGAUGUAGGGAGGGUGCUGAGAGACAUGCAUGGACACUGUAUAUAAAAACAUCUCUGAAAUACAAAAACACACAGACAGGAAAAACAAAAUCCCCCACAGAGACGCUACCACACGGUCUCUGGCAUUCUUGCGUGCAGCUAUUCAACAAAUGUAUUUAACUAUCCAGAUUCAUAUCCAUCUAAAAUCUUUUUCUUCAUUGACUGUCCCUUCAUCAGGAAGCACUUGUUGAGUUCACAUUCUUGUUGCUAUGGAUUAUUACAAGAAUAAAGGAAGCUUACUUACCGAGCUGAAUCCCCCUGUGAGACUGCGUUGCAGUGCCACAGUUUGACCACAGAGAGGAGUCCUCACGUCCUCUUAUUGGACCGUGCAGUGUGACUGAUGUGUGUGUUUGUGAAUGUAUGUAUGUGUGUGUGUGUGUGUGUGUGUGUGUGUGUGUGAAGCAUGACAGAGAUACUUGCCCUGCACUUAUUCAGUUUAUUCCCACCCACGAUAUUUUUGAUAUGGAUGCACCUUUUUAAGGGCAGGAGUGCUCAGUGGGUUGGAGUGGCGGUCGGCCCUGAUUGGCUGCAGCGUGAGGCGUCUCUUGUUUCGUGAGAGAAAAAGGACCAGUCUCUGAUUGGUCCGACCGUGGGCCUGUUCAGUGGGAAGCCACUCCGCAGGUUGUCCUGAUAGAGUUAAAGUUGAUUUGAAUCAUGUCUUUACUGGUGAUGAUCUGAGGAGAGGUGACUCACUGAACAAGCUCUGUGUCUAUAUCUGCACUAGCCCUGCGUGGCUGAUUUCAAUGAGAUGAGAUAAGAUAAGUAAUAAUAUGGCUUUAUGAAGUUAUUUUCAUAGAGAUCAUUUUUUUGUUUUGCAGUGUACAUAUUUUAAAAUGUAUUUAUAAUCUUUAUGAAAUUUUGAUUAAGCAGUAUUUUGCAUAAGCGGAGAGAUAAAUGCUUAUUUUCUUCCCCUAAAACCUGUUUUCUUUUGUAGUUUUUGAACAGGCCCAAAUCAUACGGUUACUGUAAUGUGUUGCCAUGGCGAUCACCGUCAAUGGAGACAGUAUCAAGUUAUUUAUGACACAUGGUCUAACGUAAUUGACCUUUUGCACUGUUGCACACGUAUGCAACUAUAAUAUCAAAAGGAAUUGGCAGCGUCCCGUUCUGGCAGACAGCUGAGUCUAAAAUGUUAACCUUUGGCACUUUUGCAACAAGUUACAUGAUGCAGACAAUUUCAAAAAAUGAAUCAUUUUUUUCCAAAGAGGGCCUGUAGUGAAUCUUCUGGUUUUCUUUUGUAGCUUCAAUAUAAAGAAAAAUACUUGCUCUUUCAGUCAUUAUAGUUUCAUGCUCCUAGAGAACCAACGUUUAUUGAUUUUUUUUUUCUUCUUCUUUUUAUAGGUCUGUAAAAAAAUAUAUAACAGCAACAACUUUGGCAUGUGUUUUUGUCCCAGAACCAGUUUUUUAUAGUGUGUCCCUAAUGUGAAAGAUUGAAAGAUGUCGGAUUGAGGUGAAUGAGACGCAACCAUGUCUAAAGGUGUUAUUUUUGUGUCCUGUAACUGACAUCUUUUUAUCACUUGUUAUCUGGUGUCAUCCUUUUAUGAUGUAAAUAUUAAAGCAUUUUGUAAAGAA